GGUAGCGGGCCGAUUGGCUGUUUGUGCCUAGAGUGUAUCGCGUUUCCAAGGGGAAGCUGGAGCGGCGGUGGCGCCGUUGCUGGUGCCGGUGACGGCAGGGGAAGCCCAGUGCGGCUCAGCCCGGUCUGGCCGGGGGUGGGGACGCGACCAUGAGUUUGGCCUUGAGGAAUGAUCUUGCGGUAGACAAAACCAAAAGGAAAAAAAGAAGAGAACUGACCGAAGAACAGAAGCAAGAAAUUAAAGAUGCUUUUGAGUUGUUUGACACAGACAAAGAUAAAGCAAUAGAUUAUCAUGAAUUAAAGGUGGCAAUGAGAGCCUUGGGUUUUGAUGUAAAAAAAGCUGAUGUACUAAAAAUACUUAAAGAUUAUGAUAGAGAUGCAACAGGCAAAAUCACCUUUGAAGAUUUUAAUGAAGUUGUGACAGACUGGAUAUUGGACAGAGAUCCACAAGAAGAGAUACUCAAAGCAUUCAAAUUAUUUGAUGACGACGACUCAGGUAAAAUAAGCUUGAGAAACCUGCGCCGUGUUGCUAGAGAACUGGGUGAAAACAUGUCUGAUGAAGAACUACGAGCUAUGAUUGAAGAAUUUGAUAAAGAUGGAGAUGGAGAAAUCAAUCAGGAGGAGUUCAUUGCUAUUAUGACUGGAGACGUUUAAAGUUUCAAGAAAAUGAACUCAACAACAAAAAGGGAGAAUUAUUGGCUGUUAACAUUGCAAUUGCCAUCUUAUGGUUCUGUUUAUUUCUGUAGCUGGACCCAUGCAAAAAAAUUACUUUCCUCAAAGGACCAAAAGAAACAUACAUUUUAUGUACUGAUACUUCAGUAAUUUGUAACAUUAAUUUUUAGAGUAAACAGCGUUAAGUUUUUGAAAUGUUUGAGUAUUCAUUUGUAAAAUAGCUUUGUAUGAGAUUUCUAAAUUAAAUCAUAUUAUAAAAAUCUUUUGAAGUUUACUUUGUUAGCAGUAGCUGUGGCCUUAGUUUUGAUAUAUAAAGUUUU